CUUCUCUCUAUCUCCUAGCUAGACCUAAUUGAAUCCAUUUCAGUCAACUCCUCCUGUCAUCAUUUGACGACCUCUUAUCAUAACUUAAUCCUUCUCAGUCAUUCUACAGUCUACUACAUUUUGCCUACCCGCGUCUAUUGAUUAUCACAACCAUGCCUGAGCCUCAGAAACACAAGGAGCUACGGGUUGCGCUCCGUGCGCUCGCGAAACACUUUAAUAGUCUUGAGACACAUCAAUUCAAUCACAGCUAUCUAAAGACGCACAAAGUAGACGUCUUGUCCAUGGAUCUAGAUAAUACUAAGACCAUGCCGAAAUUUUUCACCCCAUGCGCCGCCUCUCUGUUGAUAAACCCUGAUUAUGAAUAUGACCGGGAUAGGAUGAUGUAUCAAGACUUUGAUUCAGUUAGCCCAAUUUACAGGCUCCCAAUCAAUUGUACGCGUAACAUGAUCAGUUAUUUCUCCUACUAUAUAUUUGCCAGCGAUCUUCAUAGCAAUGACUAUGGCAGGUGGUCUAGUAUCAGUAUUGAUGAUGAGCCUUUUACAGGCUUAUAUGAUUAUCAGUCUCCUGGAUAUGGAACCCCCACAGCUGCUGAAUUUACAGAUGGUUCAUGUCCGCACGUGAAAGCCAUGAUCUAUAAUGAUCUGGAAGGUAAUGAUGGUCAACUUUUACGAGGAGAGAUUAUAAUUACUCUCCGCUUAAUUUAUGCACAAUUCAGGAGGCCCCAUUUUUUCAAACAUCUAACUGCCCCAGUUCUUCUUUUCUCCUUCAUGGGGCCCCAACAUGCUCGGAUUAUCGAAGCAUAUUUUGAUGGCAGCUCGCUGGUGAUGCGUCCAACUCGGUUAUUUGAUCUUCGUAAGAAGGACGAGGCCUUGAUUAAAACUUUUGGGCAGUGGUUUCUUGGAAGCCCGACUGGAGAUACUCAACAGAUAUGAGGAAUGUCUAUGAUAGGUCUAUUGGUUCUUUGUCUUUAUCCUUGUUUUGAAGUAUCUUUAGGUGUAGGGUCUGGGCUCAAAAUGCUAUAUUUGCGAAGAAUACAGGUCUGUCGAGAAUCUUAUUGUUGCUAGUGUGAUU